UAAAACGUAGUAAAACGUGUGUAAAAUGUAGUGUAAAACCUAUAUCAAAAAAUUACAAAAGUGACCAAAUUUAUCAGAGUAUCUAUGAUAUUAUUGAUCAACAAUUUAGACUGUGUGACGUCGAUCGAGCUCUCGAGAUCGUGUCGUGCGAUCGUUCGCGAUAGCUUCGAGCAACUUCGAGGACGCGCUCGUUGCUUGCUUUACAGUGGCGAAUCGAAGAGUGUAAUACGUAUUUGUUAACCUGCCUGCGAUGUCAAGUUGAUUUUUAAUUCGGAUUCUCGCUUGAAACCUCUUUUUAAAACGUACCGGAGCGCUAAAUAUGGCUAGCAAAGUAUGGCAUACAGAAUUAUGGAAGUCAUGGGAUAAACAUGGAAGAAAUGAUUUCCUCAAGCUAAUCAAGCACAAAUUUAGGGAAGGCAACACACCAGAAUGGACACGUGGAUUAUACGAAUUAAUAUCAAAUGGAAUCCAGGGGAACAUAAAGAAGGACAGUAUAGUUCAGACAUUAGGUGAACUUAUGAAUUUUGAUGGUGCAAUACCAUCUGUAAUAGUAGAUAUAUUUACAUUAAUUGAUGCAGAAGCACAUAAUGAAGAGAGGAACAACUUUUACUAUAUUGUAAAAGAAUCUGAGAAGUUUUUGACCGAUAGAAUAUUGAAAGAACGUUUAGAAAUUGAAACCUUGCAAGAUGUAGGGACAUUGAAAAAUAAAAAUUUUCAAACCAAAUUUAUAAAAGUGAAGACAAAGCUAUAUUAUAAACAAAGGAAAUUUAACUUAUUUCGUGAAGAGAGCGAAGGUUAUUCCAAGCUUAUUGUAGAGUUAAAUCAAGAACGUUCAGAUAACGAGGUUGCUUCAACAUUGGAAAUCGUUAAAUCCCUUAUCGGUUAUUUCAAUCUUGAUCCUAAUAGAGUACUCGAUAUCUUGCUAGAAACCUUUGAGAAUCGGUCGCAAGACGAUGCUCUAUUUAUUCCCUUGAUACGUUCGUAUAUGAGCGACCGACAAGUACUCUGUGAAGUGUUGGGAUUUAAAUACUGUUCCACCAUUAACACUACACCGUUUUCUCUGCAAAAAGUUACCGCGCUCAUGCUGCAGCACGGUGUGAUCCAACUGGAUGAUAUAUUGUCUUGGCUAGUACCAGAUGAUAAAAUUAUCAUAUCAGAUCAUGAACAGGCGAUGAAACAAGCCAAGGAGUAUGUGCGGAAAUUAAGCGUAAUCUCAACUAAGGAUAAAGAGGAUGUUGCGGAAGAGAAGGACAAUGCACAAGUAAUAAAUGAGAAAUAUGCGAGCAAUCAAAAGUUUGGAUUAUGUGAAGCCCUUCUAGAAAUUGGAGCUUGGAAAGUGGCACAAGACUUGUUUAGUCGUUUGCCAGACUAUUGCCUUACGGAUCAGCGACCCAUAGCUCUAGCAUUGUGCAAAAUGAUCCAGGCUCUUAUCGAACCCGUAUACAGAAAGCACUGCAUUGUUUCCCCGAAAUUACCGGGUCGUAAAGUGCCUCCCUUGAAGAGCUCCCUCGCACCACCUUUGAUACACAAUCUGGUGGAUAUUCACGACCACUUGUUGCCAAUGCUGAUAGUGCUUGGGCCUAAUCUGCAUCAUGAUCCUAUUUUAAUGUACAAAAUAAUGAGGCUGUGCUAUGCUGCCAUUAAGCAUUGCGAGCUUGAUGCGAGUAAGCAACCACUGAACAAGGACUGCACUCUGUAUUACGAUGUUUUGACAAUUCUUGACGUUGCGCUACUACCCUCGCUUUCUUUCAUGGAUUGUAAUUGUUGCGUCGCCGAGGAACUGUGGAAUAUUCUUAAAUAUUAUCCCUAUCAAAAUCGUUACUCGUUGUACGCUCGCUGGAAGAACGAUACGCCAUUGCAGCAUGCCGCGCUACUGCGAAAACGCGCAGACGCCCAAAAAAAGAUCAAGUCGAUUAUGAAGCGUGUAAGCAAGGAAACAAUUAAACCGGUCGGCCGGUCGAUAGGCAAACUUACGCAUUCGUCGCCGGGUGUGUUGUUCGAUUAUGUCCUCGUACAAAUCCAACUGUAUGACAACCUUAUAGGACCUGUGGUGGAUUCUUUAAAAUACUUGACAAAUAUUUCAUACGAUGUAUUAGGAUACUGUCUCGUUGAGGCAUUAGCGGGUGCUGACAGAGAUAGAUUUAAACACGAUGGCACCAGUAUAUCCUUAUGGCUGCAAUCUCUGGCUUCCUUUUGCGGAGCGAUAUUCAAGAAAUAUAACAUCGAAUUGACAGGAUUGUUACAAUACGUAGCGAAUCAACUUAAAGCUCAAAAGAGCCUAGAUUUAUUGAUAUUAAAAGAGAUAGUACAAAAAAUGGCUGGUAUAGAGGCAGCUGAAGAGAUGACAUCUGAUCAGCUAGACGCAAUGGCGGGUGGGGAUCUGUUGAAAAAUGAGGCCGGUUACUUCAGUCAAGUUCGCAACACCAAGAAGUCUUCACAACGUUUGAAGGAAGCCCUUGCUGAGCAUGAUCUUGCGGUUGCUCUGUGCUUGUUAAUGGCGCAGCAGAAACAUUGCGUCGUUUACAGAGAAACGGAUAAAUCUCACUUAAAACUCGUCGGCAAGUUGUAUGAUCAGUGCCAAGAUACGCUAGUGCAAUUCGGGACGUUCCUGGGCUCUACUAUGACGGUGGACGAGUAUGUAGAACGGCUGCCCUCGAUCCAUUCUAUGCUCCAGGACAAUCAUAUACAUGCGGAUGUCGCAUUUUUUCUGGCGAGGCCGAUGUUUGCACACGCCAUUAAUAUAAAAUAUGACGCUCUUCGCAAAGCUGAUUCAAAUUAUAAGAAAAUGUCGACGGCUAUGAAACAAUUAAAAUAUGCGGAAGCCGCGCAAGCCGUCAUGGCACCCGUUGCUCAAUCUGUCAGGCCGUUACAUCCUCUAAAAGUGUGGGAGGACAUAUCACCGCAAUUCUUAGUCACAUUUUGGUCCUUAUCGAUGUAUGAUUUGUAUGUGCCGGUGGAAAGCUAUCAAAGAGAGGUCAAUAAAUUGAAGCAACUUGCCGCACAAACUGUCGAUUCCAAAGAUAUGAAUAUAAGUAAAGGGAAAAAAGAACAAGAAAGAUAUACCACUCUUAUCGAGAAGCUGCAGGAUGAAAAGAAGAAACAAGAGGAACAUGUCGAAAAAGUUUUUGCAUAUCUGAGACAAGAGAAAGAUACAUGGUUUUUAUCACGAAGCGCCAAAUCUGCCAAAAAUGAGACGAUAACGCAAUUUCUACAGUUGUGUCUAUUCCCGCGGUGUACAUUCACAACUGUGGAUGCCAUGUAUUGUGCAAAAUUUGUACAUACCAUCCAUUCCCUGAAGACUGCAAAUUUUUCAACUCUGCUUUGCUAUGAUCGUCUUUUCUGUGAUAUUACAUAUUCAGUCACCUCGUGCACAGAAAACGAAGCUAAUCGGUAUGGUAGGUUUUUAUGCGCCAUGUUGGAGACUGUAAUGCGGUGGCAUUCUGAAAAAGCCAUAUUUGAUAAGGAAUGCAGCAAUUAUCCAGGAUUUGUAACUAAAUUUCGCGUGAGCAAUCAAUUCUCUGAGGCAAAUGAUAUGGUUGGGUUUGAAAAUUAUAGACACGUAUGUCACAAGUGGCAUUACAAGAUUACAAAGGCUAUUGUAGUGUGUCUAGAUUCUAAGGAUUACGUGCAAAUAAGAAAUUCUUUAAUAAUACUGAUCAAAAUAUUACCACAUUUUCCCGUCUUGGCAAAACUCUCGCAAAUCCUUGAAAGAAAGGUAGAAAAAGUGAGGGAAGAAGAGCGUGGCCAGCGUCAAGACUUACAUGUCUUGGCUACAUCGUACAGUGGGCAAUUGAAAGCUAAAACUCCCAGUAUGAUACGUGAAUCAGAUUUCCAUCAUGUGGGUGAUAAGGCUGGAAAGACGCAAGACACUACGAAUAGUGAUACAAACGAGAAAGUUAGCAAUGGAGUAACGGCGAAAGAAGUUAAUAAUGGGGACACUCGGUCGGAAAAGGAAAAUAAGGAGCAACGAGAAAAACGAAGUUCAUCGAAUCAAACGCAUCAUGAAAAUUCUGAAAAAUUCCGAAAGAAAGAAGAUAAUAAGGACGUUUCGGAAGCAAAAGAGAAAUACAUCAAGAAAGAAGAAGUAAAAGAGGAGAUAAUUGAAAGAUCAGAUAAAAAGGAUCGCAAAUACUAUAAGGAAGAGCACUAUUACAGCGGUGGUAUUGAUAAUUUAGAUCGAGAUCUUUCUAGUGUGUCAAAUAGCAGCGCUGGUUCAGGGCCUACGCAAGAAGGGCCUGAGAGAGUUGCAGAUGCAAAAAGGAGAAAAUUAGAGAGUGUUCCGAAGCAGGAAGGAAGACGUGUCGACGUUAUUCUCGAUAAAAAAGAACGUUCCAGCAAAGGAAAAGUACGCGACGAACAGAAAGAAUUACGCAGAGAAAAGAAACAGGGUCGGAAAAGGGAUCGGACGGAAGAAUCCAUGGCAACCACUGAACAAAAACGGAGGAAAGAUGAUGAAAAAGUCAAAGGUACUCAUCAAAACGGUGACAUUCCUGAACAUAGAGAGAAGCAUCACUACAGUAAGGAAAAAUCCCCAUAUGCAAAGGAUCGUCCUCAUGAACGCGAAGGACGUGAAAGCCGUGAUAAACACAGAAGGAGUUCAGACCCGAAACGAAGAUGAUGUACAACAGAAAGGAGCUUGACUUAACAUUUUCUAUGCUCUAUGUUUGAUGUUGCAUGUAAUAAACGUAGAAUUUGAAAUAAAGAAAAAAAUUGUG